CAGUUUAAAUUAUGCUUAUCCAGCCCUGGAUGUGGGAUAAUUCAGAUGUCUGAUAAGAGCUACGGCUGUCAUGAAGAGGGAGGAUGAAUGAAUGGGUUUGCGAUGGAAGCAUUUGCGAGUUGUUUCUGUGACAACGAUGGGUGUGGUUCUGAGGACAAGGGGGCUGGCCUCUAGCAAUCCGUGUUUCAGCCUCGGCUCUCGGGAUGUGAGUGUAGGGAAGGGGGAUGCUGGUCAGGUUUGUCCCUGGCCGGGAGGCGGGUCUAUCAGCUGCCGGACCGUGUGAGCCUCUUGCCCGGCCUGGGGUUCGAGGGGCAGGUCGCUGAUCUCUCCGUGUCCUGCAACGCCCCGACUACCUCCACCUCCACCUUCACCAAAACACCAGCUCGCUGGUCAGCCCAACUCGCAGGACAAAUCACCUUCAACAUGAAACAUUUCAGAAGGGAUCCGUUGCCACGUUGGCGACUUUCUGGAUUCAGUUCUAGAAAUCGAAGUGAAACUGCAGCAGUUCUGGCAGUUUGCCAAGUCCUGAUGUUGCAUAAAUUUCCAUCCCUGCAUUGCUUUUUUUUUCACUAGCAACUUUGUUAUGGUCUUAACUGGUUUAAUAUAGGGUAUGGUAUUACAAUUUAACUGGGCGAGUUUCAGGUACAUUUUGCAAAUGUGGGGAUUUCUAUUUGUGCUUCGCGCCAAUUAAUUACGUUUUUAAUGGAAUGGGAAUCUCGGGCAAAUUCUCUACUACUAUUAAAAUAAUUCCACGUUGAUUGUACUUGUGAGCUUAUUUGGGAGUAUUUAAAACUUACUUGUGUCAUUUUGCAAGACUAUCUCAAGUUACUUUUCUGCGUCUUUCUGGUCGUUAUCCUGUCAUCUGGUACGAAUUCAUGUGAAAUAGAAACAGAAAGUUCUGGAAACGUUCAGCAGGACUGGCAUCUUCUGUGACCAAGCGAAACAAUUCUCGACUUCAAUGUGAGUGAACCAUGACUUCACCAGCUAUUGCCUCACUAACGUGGGGAGAAAUGAAGGUUGAGGGCAGUGACACUCUAUACAAAGAUUGUAAAGUCUGGCCAGGAGGAAACCGAGCAUGGGACUGGAGAGAGACAGGAACUCGUCAUACACCUGGAGUUCAACCAGCUGAUGUUAAUGAAAUUGUUAACAAAGGUAUUCAGACUCUAAUAAUUGGAAGGGGAAUGGAUGAAGCAUUGCAAGUGCCUGAAGCGACUCUGUCCUUCAUCAGAAGUAAGGGUAUUGAUGCUGUGGUUCUUCAAACAGAGAAAGCUGUGCAGCAGUACAACAAGCUAGUGAAAGAAGGGGUUGCCGUUGGAGGAAUCUUCCAUUCAACCUGCUGAAGCAUCCAAGGACCACAGGAGAAUAAGUUGUUCUGUUUUGAUGGCAGUUUUAGCAUUCUGUUAUGAUAUAUUUCACACAAGAUACAAAGGCAAAUGAACUCAAAGCUUGUGUUCUGAAAAGUAGAGCAGAUUUUGAAAACCAUUUAAAGAAUUAACGCUAUUCAGUGGCCUACAUUUUCUACUAAAAUGGUUAUUUGGGCUACAAUGAGCCAAUGCUCGCAUUUUUCGCCUGUUUCAAUGGAUAAUAAAUGUUCUUUGUUACUUCCAA